GAUGGCUGAAAAUAUUCCUGAGGGUGAUUACGAGAAGGGAAAGAAGAUUUUCAAGGCGAGAUGUUUUCAAUGCCAUGUCAUCGAUUCGGAUGCUGCCAAGACUGGACCAACAUUGAAGGGUGUUAUUGGUCGCAAAAGUGGAUCGGUUCCUGGUUUUGAUUACUCCGCUGCUAAUAAGAACAAAGGAGUGGUUUGGACUCGUGAGACGUUGUUCGAGUACUUGCUGAAUCCUAAAAAGUAUAUUCCUGGCACUAAGAUGGUUGGUUUAUUUCAAAUGUUUAAUGAGGAUUUUCUGCUUUCUGUCCAUCAUUCUCCUCUGUAA